CUGAGGGAAAAGCCGGAGAGGAGCUUAUCAGUGCAGGUUUAUAGACCAAUAAUCAGCUUGUUGUGAAUCCGUCAGAGCUUCACGAGGAAACAAAGGAACAAUACUUUCUCAGGACCCAACUACGAAAAGUUAAAGUUGAACCAAACCAGGCCAGACGAAGCACACAGAUUUUGCUGGACGAUGUCUAUGCCAGCCAGAGUUGUCUACAAGAGGAGGGCGACCAUCACAGAUCUGCCUCUCUACUACUCUGGACACCUGCUGAAGAAACUCAGCAAAGAGAAGGAUUUUAAGAAGUACUACGGAGAGCUCCGUGGAGCCACGCUCUUUCUGUACAAAGAUGACACACAGGACACAUACACAGAGAAGCUGGACCUGGUGCACCUGAAGUCCAUGGAGUUAGACUCUCCGUAUCAGAGGAAGACACCAACUAUCUUCACUCUCACCCUGCCGACAGCGCAGGUGCAGCUAAAGAUGGACAACUCUGACACAGGAGAGGAGUGGAGGGGUUACAUCCUGACUGUGGUCAAAAAAGAGAUUCCCAGUACCCUACAGCUGCUGCCUGGCCAGAUGUUGCUCCUGCAGGAUGUUCUGGAUCAGGAGAAGAAAAGACGUCCCCCCUCGCCACGUCCUGCUCUCCCACCCCGUCCAGCCUUCCUCCGCACAGCCUUCCCUACGCCCUCCCCUUCACCGCCCAAAGACAAGCCUGACUCCAGCGCCCCUGAGAUCCCUGCGUGUUUCUUCAAUGUGACUCGGCAGGAAGCUGAGCACAUGUUAGAGGCAAACCCCGAGUAUGGAGGUAUCAUCCUCCGCCCGUCCACCCUGGCCAACAACUACGCCCUGACCCUCCGACAACUGACGCCCAGUGGACCUGUCAUGAAGAACUACAGAGUGACCUCCACAAACUCAGGGUUUGUCAUCGAACUGGACAGACCAGUGACCGUCUCCUCCUUAAAUAAUGUGCUUAAGUACUUCCUUGAGAAGACAGAGUAUCGUCUCCACCCCUACAUGGCGUCUCAGCCCUACGACACUCGCAUCGAGGUGUCACCUGCUCCUAAGUGCAUUAGCAUCACCUCACCUACACCUAAAACAGUACCCAAGGCACAAGUGGCACCUAUGCUGCGUUCACAAACCAAAGCCGAGCUCCCUCCGCCUUCAGCCGAACCAGCGGGGGGUGAGUAUGUGAUUCCUGAUGAGCACGAACAAAAGCUCGUUCAGUUGGAUGGAGAGCUUCAGGAAGUCUUAAAGAUGCGGAGGGAUAUCAUAUAUUGUGCGAAUGACCAGGAGCAGGACACCACCUAUGAGAAUCACACCCCUGAAAAAUCUCAACCAAGCACAGCACAUAAGAACAUAAAGGCUGAAGCAUUCUGAGGCGUAAACUGUCACGAGUAUUGUAAUUUGAUGUUCAUCUUCAGGUGAGAGACUGCAUACUGCUCCUGAAGGUUCGACAAAAUUCUUUAGCAUUGUGAAAAUCUGUCAGAAAUACACUUGGCCAUGUGGACCAGUCUUCUGUUGGUCUCUUAGUUUAGUGUGCUAGCAUGCUAACAUUGCUAAUUAGCACUUAACACAACGUACUGCAGAGGCUGAUGGCAUGGCCUUUAGUUUUGCUAAUAUUUGCCAAACUGAGCUGAUGAGGGUGCGAGAUGAAAAGCCAGGGCAUCGAAAUGAUUACAACCCAUCCGUUGGGGAUCACAUAGACUAUGAAAAAAAAGUGGACGUAGCCUCCUGAUCUGCAGAGAGAAAAACCUGCAUUCUUUCUAAUAGCCAGCAGGGGGCGACUUCACUGGUUGCAAAAAGAAGUCCAAUUGUAUGGAAGACUACGAGAAAUACCAUACUUCUCACUUGAUUUAUUACCUCAGUAAACAUUUACCUAACGAGCUUAUGGUCUCAAUCUUUAGAUUUAAGUCUUCCUUUUGUAAAUUAUGGUCAAAUAUACCAAAAAAAAUAGACCAUAAAGCAGAGUAUGUUUUAGGGCAUGGCUACUUUGUGACUGAAAGUAUCAAAGCGACUUGUUUAUCAGGAUAGAGGCGCAGCAAUGUGUAUCCAUGGCAGUGUACAUACAUAAUGUAUUUUCCGGCUUUGUCUAUGAAUGCGUCUUAGAACUUUUACCCUUUCACUGUGAGCAGUGAGGUUGACGAUAUAGGCGCCUCAGGGUUAUUGCUCGGAUACACCCUGUCAUCCAAAUAUGGUCACUUCUGGAUCCAAAAAAUUAAAAUGGGGUUGGUCAAAAUGCCAAACAGAAGCAAAGACGUCUAGCUACGGACACACAGUAGCUAAGGUCAGGGUUAGGAAACGACUGCCAUGUACGAGAGUGCAGCUACACCCAUCUCGCCUAGAGAUUUUAAAACAGAAGUCCACAAACUAAAGACUAAUGCAUCCUCCACGUCUUUCAUAAAAUCUAUGGGGGGACGUGAAUGUCUUGGCAAUCUAUCCGACAGUUGUUGAGACAUUGCGACAAAAAGAAUGAAAUUGUAAAGUCAUGGUGGCACUAGAGGAAAAGUUGGGAUUACCAUGUGACUAUUCAUUCCUUUUUUCCAUAUAGAGUUUGAGAGUUUGGGAGUGCCCUCGAGCUCACCUGGUAGAGCAGGCGCCCCAUGUGCAAAGGCUGUGUCCUUGAUGCAGCGGCUGUGGGUUUGAUUCAAACCCACGUCCUUUUGCUGCAUGUCAGUCCCCUCUCCUUCCCCAUUUCACACUAAAACUGUCCAGUAAAAUAAGGGCAAUAAAAGCCCCAAGGAGUUUACACAGGGUUCAGAGGGACAUCCAGGGUGACAGUGAUGUUCACGUAAUACAGUGAACAAGCCAAGUUAGCCCUCCGAGCUAAUGCGUGUUAACUAUGCUAACAACAGAUCGGAAAUGUGGAACAACAUUUUUUGCCAACACUAGAUAUCAAACAAAACAAGUUGCUGUGCACUGGGAAUUCACCA